GUGUCCAUCCUCAUGGUGGCAAGUGGCCGACCACACAAAGGCAAAGCAGCUCCUAUAAAAAUAUCCCCUUUUCCUUGCCCCGCUUUGGCUCUGUCGCUUCUUCGAUUCUCCCUGCCCUAAAACCCUAAAGGACGCUGAUUUCCAUCGGGAGAGAAACCCUCGAAAAGCUUCCUCUUUUAAGGGCGGAGGGAUAUCGAUUCACUGCUGAGCUACAGCCCGCGUCCUCGCAUCAACUUAUUGUUCUUUGCAUCUCCUGAACGCACGCACGUCGAUAUGGCAACAAGGCUCCAGUUUGAGAACUCGUGCGAAGUGGGUGUCUUCUCCAAGUUGACGAAUGCGUACUGUUUGGUUGCAAUUGGGGGAUCAGAGAACUUCUACAGUACGUUCGAGACUGAUUUGGCCGAUGUUAUCCCGGUUGUUAAGACGUCCAUUGCAGGCACUAGGAUCAUUGGGCGACUUUGUGCAGGAAACAAGAAUGGGCUACUUUUGCCGCACAAUACUACUGACCAAGAGCUUCAACACUUGAGAAAUAGUCUGCCAGAUCAAGUUGUCGUUCAACGUAUUGAAGAAAGGCUAUCUGCCCUGGGGAACGGCAUAGCAUGCAAUGAUCAUGUUGCCCUUACUCAUACUGAUCUUGACAAGGAAACCGAGGAGAUAAUUGCAGAUGUUCUUGGAGUGGAAGUCUUUAGGCAGACUAUUGCUGGCAACAUUCUUGUGGGUAGCUAUUGUGCCUUCUCCAACAGAGGUGGACUGGUUCAUCCACAUACAUCCAUUGAAGACUUGGACGAGCUCUCGACCCUCCUCCAGGUUCCUUUGGUCGCUGGAACUGUGAACCGAGGUAGUGAAGUAAUCGCAGCCGGUAUGACUGUGAAUGACUGGACAGCAUUUUGUGGCUCAGACACCACGGCUACCGAACUAUCUGUGAUCGAGAGCGUUUUCAAGUUGAGGGAAGCGCAACCCAGUGCCAUUGUGGAUGAGAUGAGGAAAUCCUUGAUCGACAGCUAUGUUUAGUCAUUUAUCCUAAUUUUAUAUGUUCGUCUGAAUUUGCAAUUUACAGUCUUUAUCAAGUUAUAGACUGCGAACUGAAUUUCAAGUUUGUUUGCUGUAAGAUCCCUCAAAUAUGAAAGUCGUUUUUGAGUAUAAAGUUGGGUGUCA